AUUCCGGCCUCCUGGGUCCCGCCCCGGGCGGAGGGCCCCCCUGGGCCGGGAAAACUACAAUUCCCGGCAUGCGCUGCCGCGGAUGCGCCUGCGUGCGGGAGCUACCGCGCCGGAGCGGGUUGGUUUGAAGCGCUGUGUUGGUUCCAUGGACACCCGCCCUCCUGCUGCGGGACCGAGCUCCUGGCGGCUGGAUGGAGUGUGGGGUGCAUAUGGAAACUACAGUGACCAGACCAGUCCUUUCUCCAACCCACAUCAAUGCUACAGCUUCUGAAACAUUCACAGUACUUCAGCAAAGGAUGAGAAUAGUUGAGGAACAGACCAGUUCUCUGAGGGACGAUCUAAUAAUGUUGGACUUUGGUGAAAAAAGAGGCCAACUGGAAACCCCAAAAUGCUUAGAAGAGUCUGUGAACAUCAUUAGUCCUAGCGAGAAGGAAGUCAUUUGUUCAGAAAAAACAGAUAUUCUAUGGAAGAACUGUGAGUUUCUGAUAAAUCGAAUGUGCCAUCUGGAAAGCCUCAUCCAGUCUUUGAAGAUGAACAUCUUUCGUUUGCAAACUGAAAAGGAUUUAAAUCCACAGAAAACAGCUUUUCUGAAGGAUCGACUGAAUGCAAUACAGGAGGAGCAUUCGAAGGACCUGAAGCUAUUACAUCUUGAAGUGAUGAAUUUGCGCCAGCAACUGAGAGAUGUAAAAGAGGAUGAAGACAAGGCACAAGAAGAAGUGCAAAGGUUGACUGCCACCCUGGAGAUUGCCUCAGAGACAAAGAAGAAUGCAGCCAUUAUUGAAGAGGAAUUGAAGACCACAAAACGUAAAAUGAACCUGAGAAUUCAAGAGCUAAGGAGACAACUGUCUCAGGAGAAGCACCUAAGGGAAUCUCUUGAGAAAUCUGGAUCAGCCAUGCUAUUCAAAAUACAAGAGAUGGAAUCAACAGUGGAGGUGGAACGGAAACAGGUGCAAAUUUUGCAGCAAAACUGUAUUGGCCUGCGCAGUUCUAUGCAGACCACCCAAGAACUACUGGCACAAGAACAGCAGAGAAAAGGAGAGUUGGAGACUUCUAUCUCACAGCUCAAGUCUGAUCUAAUUUCUAGAGAUGAGCUCAUUUCCAAGUUGGUUGAAGAAAAUAAGAAUAUGCAGAUGUCUUUCAACAAAGAACAUGAAGAAAAUACAUAUUUGAGGUCUGAAAUAGUAUCCCUUCAUGAAACAUCAGAAAAAGCACAGGUUUCAAAUGACCAACUGACUAGAAAGUGUUCGGAGCUGAACAGCAUGCUUGAGACUCUUAGUAUGGAAAAUGCCAGAAUUAUUGCUGACCAUCAAGCCAUUCUGCAGGUAGAGCAGAAAAUGAUGACACAGACAUUUCAAGAACAAAACAUACUUCUGGGUGCAGCCCAUGCCAGUAUCACCUCUGAGCUACAGACUGUCCAGAAUGAGAAAACUCAACUCCAGGCACAUCUGGACCAUUUAAUCCUUGAGCAUAAUCAGUGUAUCCAGAAAGCACAGGAUACCGAGAAGAGGACAGUCUUGCAGAAAGAGCUACUAGAAUCAACUAUUGCAAGAUUGCGAGGUGAAUUGGAAGCAUCAAUGCAAGAGAAGAAGUCUCUGCUAGGGGAGAAAGAAAGACUUCAGGAAGAGGUUAAUAAAACCGAGAAAGAAAUAGUGCAAGAAAAAUGCAAUUUGGAAAAGGAAUUAGCUAAAAACAAGGUAGACAUAAAUGAAUUAACCCACAACCUGCAGACUCUAGAGGCAAAGAAUAAGCACCUGGCAGAAAAAAUGGCUUCUCUAGAACUUCAGCAAGUCACUUCUGAUUACAAUGGGCUUGCGCAACAGCAGGUGGAAAAGGUCUUGGGAAAAAUUACUGAGAGUAAAAAUAAACUGGCCUAUGAAAAGGGAAAGCUCCAGAUAAAAGUUAAACAGCUAGAAGAUCAACUGCAUACUUUUACUGAAACCAGUUCACAGAAUGACCAUCUACGCAAAUUGAACAAGGCUCUAGAGGGCAAAUAUGCUCAGGGAAACUCAGAACCCAGUACCAGUAAGAUAUACCUGCAACAGACAGCUCAUUUGAAAGCAGUGAAAUCCAUUCUUGAAAAGAACGAAGAGGAACUCUCACAAGCAGUGAAGUGUCGUGAUGUAGCCCUGAAAGAGAGUCAGAAGUUGAAAGGGGAUCUCGAGGCCUUGGAGGACAGAGAGAACAAGAAGGUGGGUAACUUCCAGCGACAACUGGCAGAGGCUAAAGAAGACAAUUGCAAAGUUACAAUUAUGUUGGAGAAUGUGCUGGCUUCUCACAGUAAGAUGCAAGGUGCUCUGGAAAAAGUACAAAUAGAGCUCGGGCGGAGAGAUUCAGAGAUUGCAGGUCUCAAGAAAGAAAGGGCUCUAAAUCAACAGAGGGUGCAGAAGCUGGAGGCUGAAGUGGACCAGUGGCAGGCCAGAAUGCUUGUUGUAGAUGCCCAGCACAACGGUGAGAUGGAGCCUCUACAGAAAGCUCUAGAUGUAGCUAGAGAAGACAACAGGAAACUGGCUAUGAGCCUGGAGCAAGCUCUUCAGACAAAUAAUCAUCUACAAACAAAGCUUGAUCAUGUUCAAGAGAAAUUGGAAAGCAAAGAACUUGAGCGACAAAAUUUGGAAAAUUUCAAAGAACGGAUGACUGAGGAAUCCAAAAUAGAAGCGGAAAUGCAUGCUGAACGCAUAGAAGCUCUAAGAAAGCAGUUUCAAACUGAGAGAGAAACGGCCAAGAAAGUAGCACAACGGGAAGUGACUGAGCUGAAGAAAGCCCUUGAUGAAGCCAACUUCAGAUCAGUGGAGGUGACCCGGGCCAACCGCGAGCUGCGGCAGAAACUGACAGAGCUGGAGAAGGUCCUGAACAGUAGCAAGGAGAAAAUAAAGAAUCAAAAGGCCCAAAUCAAGCUCCAUUUGUCGACGAAGGCGAAUAAUACUCAGAAUAUGGAAAGGAUGAAGCAAAUAGAAACGGAAUUGAGGCAGAUGGAGCUAAUUAAGGAUCAAUAUCAGAAAAAAAAUUAUGAACAGUCCUUGAGUAUCCAGAAGUUCGUGUCUGAAAUGACUAACCUACAGAAGGAGAUGCAGCUGCUGGCCAAGAGCCAAUAUGAGACGUCUGCGCAGAACAAACAGCAAGAGCUGCGACUCGAGGCAGAGCGCAAUGUUCGGCAGGAACUGGAGAGCCGGUGCCGGGAAUUGGAAGAAACUAUCAGACACCUAAAGAAAUGUAAAGAGGCAACAGAGCAUAAGCUGAAAGAAGCCAGUGUGGAAUCAGAACAGAUAACAGCUAACCUGGAAGAAGCUCAUCGCUGGUUUAAGUGCAGGUUUGAUGGCCUCCAACUUGAGCUGACAAAAAACCGGUUGCAGAGGCUUCCCCGAGAAGACAGGUGGCUGGAAGAGGACCAAGGUAACAGGCACGAUAUUGCGUCCAGCCAGUCUGUUCUACAUCGAUGGGAAAAUAAACAGAAUCUUAAACUUAUGCCCAAGAAGUGUCAAUCUGAACUAGAGAGAAAGUGACGUCCUUGACAAAGGCGUGCCAUCUAUAGCCGCGAUUUCCUGAGCCCAGCAACCAGAGCUGGCCUUUUCCACAGUCAUCAGAACAUGAAGUCUUUGAUGUGGGCUGAAGAUUUUGGACUUGAGUUUAUCAUUUUAUGAGUUUUCUGAUACCAGUACAGAACCACCCCACCUUUUUUGUCCUUUUCCCCAUUUUCCACCCAAUAAAUUUAUAUUAAUUUGUUGUAUGAUA